AUGAGAAGAAGAAGAGGGGGAAAGGAGAGGAGGGGAGGACAUGAAGGAAAAGAGGACAGGGAGGAGGAUGGUGUCGAUGAAGAGGAAGGAGGUGACCCUGUGAGGGUUGAUGGUCACUGCUAGCUAGAAGGGGUCAAAGCGACAUACGCAAAGGGAUACUCGAGAGCGCAGGCCGGAAACUAAUGACCAUGUACAAUUUAUACAGGGAUUUCUUAUGUAUACUAUAACAGUACGUGAAUAUAACUGAUGGGCAGCCGGUUGGGCGAUGGGAAGAGCACUGUACGCUUUGCAAUAGGGGUGGGUGAUGACUAUGGGAGAGUGUGUUUCCCCUCAAUAGGAAACAGGGAGAAAGGUGACCAUAUGGCAAAAUGUAGAACUAAACCAUGCCAUGAAGGAUAAGGGUUGUGUUGAAAAGAGGGAGUGUGCGCCUUGAUGGAGGGGUUUUGUACCUUCACACAGACGGGUGUGUUCUCUUGCCACUCAUUGCAGUUGCACCCCCUACUUAAUGUUAUGAAAUUAUGCAGUUAUUUACGACAAAAUAAUACUGGCUGGUCGAGUUUGGAAGGGUAUAGGGGGGGAUGUGGGGUUUCUUUCUUUUUUUUUUUCCUAUAGGGUCAUAAAUAUAAUCGGUUUUAAUAGGUUGAUCCCUCAUAUGGUCAGCCGGUAUGUUCUCCCUGGGGGGAGUAUUGUAUAUUAGAUAGAGGCCUAGGACCUAAUCCGGACGGAAUGGUCCUACAGUGUGGCCCUAGUGUGUGACGGCUUUUGUGAUUACCAAUAACCGGGUAUAGUCCCGCAACCCCAACCUAAGGGGAUAAAGUGUACAUAGUGAGUAUGGACCCAGUUGCAUGGUCAUGGGCCAAAAGCGGUGGGGUAGGGGAUGGAAGUUUUGAUAUGGCUCUCUUGACGAGCAUUUAGUGGUCACUCAAGAUAUGAGAGGGCGUGUGGGAGACGAGGCUCAGAGCUCCACAGCUCCUCCUAGCGUGAUUACAGAGGAGAAGUGGGAACGUGCUCCCCACGUGAAUCUGGCGAUAGGUAAGACCAGAUUUCUCGGGCAUCUACCAAUGCCCUUUAUUCAUUUCCAGUUUACCUUUCUCUUUUCUUUCCUUUUCUUUCCUUAUCUAGGGGGCGGGGGAGUACUCUCCGAAGUAGUGGGCUUUAGGCCUGACCCUGGUCCGUCAAUGUCAAAAGAGGAUACCAUAGUCAGGACGCCUAACCCAAAUGACAUGAUAGACAAAGGCUUGCAGAGCGACGGACAAGCUAUAGUCACAGUUUCAAGCAGUAGGGAGGGACACUCCACGCAAUGGAGAUUAAGAUCAUUACGUUGAAUGUUAAAGGCCUUAACGGCCCGAAAAAACGCCGUCUAAUGUUCAGAGAGCUGAAAAGAAUGAAGGCGGAUAUCGCUUAUCUGCAGGAAACUCACAUUCCUAAACAAGCUAAGUUCAGGCUACGUGACCGCACAUACGCAGGGACAUACGAAGCGAGGUCCCAUCGUAAACGUAAUGGAGUGGCUAUUCUCGUUAGCAAUAGCUGUCCCUUCCGAAUGACCUCCCAAGACAUAGACCCAGACGGCCGCUACGUCAUUGUAUCAGGAACCUUACAGUCCCAUACCAUACAUCUGCUGAAUAUUUAUGCACCGAACCAACCGGACUCCACCUUCUGGCACACAUUGCAGGAUAAAAUAUCAGCGUUGCCACAUGGCAUAGUUGUCAUGGGGGGGGACUUUAACGCGGCCCCGUGCCCUGCUAUGGACAGGAGCUCUAAAGAUGGAACACCAAGGUCCCAAGGGAGAGGCAGGCAAGACCAGUUACUUAGAAACUUUAUUACUACUACGGGACUGAUAGACAUUUGGAGGGCUCAUCAUCCAAGUACCAAGGACUACACUUUUUAUUCGGCUCCACAUGGUACGUAUUCCAGGAUCGACCUAUUCCUCACGAAUGCUGCAGGUCUUUCACGCACUGUAGGCUCACAAGUUGGUAACAUUUCUUGGUCGGACCAUGCUGACGUCUCCAUCACACUGGGCAAUCUGUGUGCAGCUUCACCGUGGACAUGGAAGCUCAAUACAUCAUUACUUCGGGAUCCUGAAGUGGUGGCACAGGUUAGGAAGGAGUUGAUAGAUUACUUUGGUACGAACGACACCCCAGACGUGACGGCGAGUACAAUAUGGGCGGCACACAAGGCUGUAGUGAGAGGGACACUGAUCAAGAUAGCCACCAGAAAGAAGAAACAGAAACAUCAACAGCUAGAGACUAUGCUGGGACAGCUACGAACCCUUGAAUUAAAACACCAAACGACCCCGACCGAAGAGCUCUACAGACAAUUAGAAACAGUGAGGAGAAACAUCCGUACUCUAUUGCUAGACGACACGGCCAGGUCCAUGGUGUGGUCAAAACGUACCUACUUUGAAAAAGCAAACAAGAUGGACACACUUCUGGCCAGGACACUACGACCCCGACAGGAACGGUCUCAUAUCACGGCCAUACGACACCCGGAUGGCACAACGAAAUCAAAGCCGACGGAGAUAGCUGAGAUUUUUGAGGAUUACUAUAAACAAUUAUAUCACCACACCCCGACAGGGGGUACCCGGCCUGAACAAGAGGAGGAACAUAUCCUGCAGUAUCUAGAGCCUUUGGGUCUGAAGAAACUAAGUAGGGAUAUGGUGUACAGUUUAGCAGCAGAAAUCACUGAAGAAGAAGUGGACAGGGCCAUCUCAGGCCUGAAGGGCAACAAAGCGCCGGGACCAGAUGGGUUCGAUGGCACAUAUUACAAGACUUACAGGGAGGAGCUUACGCCGCGCUUGGUGAAGCUUUUUGCCUACCUGAGGCAGGGCGGGAAUUUAGAUCCUGACAUGACCAUGGCUACGAUCGUAUUACUACCUAAACCCAGAAAGGACCUGCUCCAGCCCACGAAUUACAGGCCUAUUUCGCUCAUUAACCAUGACAUGAAGAUCCUAGCGAAAGUGCAGGCGGAUAGAUUGAAUCCGUUGCUGGCCUCACUCAUACAUCCAGACCAAGUAGGUUUUAUCCAAGGGAGACAAUUAUUUGAAAAUACAAGGAGGAAUGUUGACCUGAUAUGGAAACAAGAGAUCACCAGGACACCCACCCUGAUAGUGUCUAUCGAUGCUGAAAAGGCCUUUGAUAGGGUUCGGUGGCAAUUCCUGUUCUCCGUUUUAAAACAUUUGGAAUUUCCGGUGGAAUACAUAACGGUGGUAAGAGCGAUGUAUCAUGAGGUGAGGGCACAAGUGCUGAUAACUGGAGCCCCACUGAAACCUUUUCGUUUAUUUAAUGGGACCAGGCAGGGAUGUCCGCUUUCCCCCCUUCUCUUUGUCUUAGCACUGGAACCCUUGCUGCAAACAAUACGCAAGCAUCCCAACAUUAGAGGGGUCAGAGUUGGGAAUAAAGAAUUUACCGUCUCGGCAUAUGCUGAUGAUGUCCUCCUGACCGUAACAGACCCGGUUACUUCGAUGUCGGCGUUACAAGAGGUAAUGACAGCAUAUGGAACAGUGUCCGGUUAUAAAGCAAAUAUGCACAAAUCCAGUGCUAUGUCAGUGGGCCUAUUGGAAACGGAAACAAAGGAAAUACAGGAGACCUUCCAUAUACGGAUGGAAAAGGUUUCUCUGACAUACUUAGGUAUCCACCUGACGGCAGAUCCGGAAAGACUAUACUCUGCGAAUUAUACUCCGAUGCUCAGGGCUUUAACGCAAGAUCUAGAAAACUGGGUGGAUAAACCCAUCUCCUGGAUAGGUCGGAUAAAUUCAGUCAAGAUGAAUAUCCUCCCACGCCUCUUAUUCUUAUUUCAAGCACUACCUGUUCAACUUACGAAAGCACAACUAUCCCCACUACAAAAAGCGAUAGGGGAUUUCAUAUGGCAGAAUAGGAGGCACAGAAUAUCAAGAAAGAUCCUGUAUAGACGCAAAGAUAGAGGGGGGCUCGGCUUACCUAAUCUAUAUUUCUACUAUCUUGCAGCACAACUGACGCAGAUAGCCAUGUGGCACUCCCCACCGGAAGAAAGAAGGUGGGUAGAGGUUGAGUCCAUGCUGGUAGGAUCGGAUAUACCCCAAUUUACGAUGUGGGUCCCUAAAGAACAUCGGCCAAUGAUAAGAGUGACCUGCCCGGCUAUACUCAACUCGCUACAUAUUUGGGACAUGACUAAUGCCAAAUACGGGCUAGCGUCAACCCCGUCCCCUCUCACCCCUAUUCUUAGAAACAGAGAGUUUCCUCCCGGCAUGGCUCCAAGAGAUUUCCGAAAUAUCGAAAAUACCGGCCUACAACGGAUCCAUCAGUUAUACCGCAACGGAGAAAUAGUCCAAUUCGAGGAGUUACAACAAGACCGCCAUUUAACACCGGCAGAUUUUUUCAGAUAUGUCCAGAUACGGGAUUUUGCCCGAAGGCCACGUAUUAGAGCCGCGGCACAGAAACAACUGACUUUCUUCGAGAAAUUGUGUUCAGAGGAAAUGGCACCUAAAGGUAUGAUCACACUUCUGUAUACACACCUUAGUAUAGAAAACAAAGAGUGGGGGAGUUUAACGUAUACUGAGCAAUGGGAGGCGGACCUUGGAGAGGCCCUGGAAGGACUUGAAUGGCAGGAGAUAUGGGAAUCUAAUAAAAAUGCUUCCAUAUGUGUUACGCUCCAGGAACAGACAUGGAAGACUAUGUUCAGGUGGUAUACCACACCAGUGAAACUGUACAACAUGCAUAAACUAGAUACGGACGUUUGCUGGAGAGGCUGCGGAUUACGCGGAACGUACAUCCAUAUGUGGUGGAAAUGCUCGAAAUUACACGGCUUCUGGAAAGCGGUGGAGGAACUCUUGGAACAAACCUUUGAUAAACCCCUGAAGUUAGACCCCUGGACAUAUUUGCUGAAUAGAACAGUAGAAGGGUGGACCAAGAGAGAACAGAGAUUAGCUCAUAAAAUAACUCUAAGCGCGCGUAGAGAGAUAGCAAUUAAGUGGCUGAAACCGGAGGGACCGGUUUUUUCUGGGGUGAUCUCCAGGGUACGUGAAUGCAGGAUUAUGGACGAUUUGACUGCCAGGAUAAAGGGUACGACUGUAACUUUCCAAAAACUUUGGGAACCGUGGGACAAUAGCCCAGUGGGCUCGAGCAGUGACUGACAGGGAACGGACCAUAGCAUAGACUGGGUACACUUAUCGAUCCCCCUCCCCUUCUCUCCCGAGGACAUUUUGAUUGCACUACUGUUGGAAUGAGGGCUCCCCCCCCCCUCCCCCUUCCUCUCUCUUUUCUUUUUCCUUUCCUCUGAUCUUUUUCUCUUCUUACUUUUCUCUUUCUACUGUACUUUUGUCUCCUGUCCCUUUUCCUGCUAUCUAUUUUUCUCUCUUCUCCGUUCUCUCUAUCUCUUGAUAGCCAAGAGAUUAGUGUUUCUCCACGAUAGGUUUAAUCAAGCUGUCAGAAGUGCUGGGAUACCCAUACAUAGAAAGGGCUAUAACACGCAGUGUAGUAGACUGGGUCCCAAAUAUAGCCAAUAUGCCUGUGAGACAGGUGACAGCUCCCUUAAUGGGGCAGCGACCGGAGGGGAACGCGGGUAGAUCUCGCUUGGCCUACCUGAUAUAUAUAUCUUAGCUUUUUACAAAUCUCUAAGCGGGCUUCUGCGUAAGCCUGAAGGUUUCUAUGCAAUUGUUCCACCCGUUGAGUGAAAGCAUACAGUUCAUCCAAAAACUCUAGACGGGUAGCAAGGCACCAACGAUUUCAACAUGACUUAUCGAUAUGUAAUGGAUAUACGCCUCUUGUGCCCAAGGCAGUGUUGCUUGCCAUUGGCUUCUGCGUAAGCAUUUAAGUUGGCCAUGUACUUGCUAUAACCUAUAAUAUGACACAAACAAAAAAAAAAAAAAAAAAACCUUUGUAGACGACAGGUACCAAUAGUUUCUUAAGGAAUGGGCGUAGAUCAUAUUUGUUGCACUAUGUUAUGCUUAUGAGAAUUGAAUUCACAUUGGCUUCUGCGUAAGCCCAAAAAGUUGAUGAAUACUUGCUGCGUCUAUUGAGUGAAAAAUAAAGAAUUAAAAAAAAAAAAAAAAUGACAAGUUUAAGUGAAUCUGCCAUAUUUGAAUUAAUUACAUUAAAAAUACAUUGACUUUUUGCUACAUUGUGUAUUUUAUUUUAGAAACUGUUACAUUUACUUGCAGCAAAAAUAUGGAAAUUAUUUCCAAUCCUAUGUUUUCUCAAAACUCACUCAAUAAAACUUACAAUCAAUAAAACAAACAAAAAAGCAAUAAAUAAAAAUUAUUAAGAACAGGAAGUCAAGUAACAUUCUCAAUAUGCUAUUGGGGAGUUAAAAUUACACUCCAGCCCCUAAAACACUUUACAAAAAGUUCAGAUUUGAAAAGAAAUUGAUACUUUUAUAAAUUAACCUUGUUGCACUCUCUGGCUGUCAAUCAGACAACUGGUCCUGUUACUUCCUGGUUUGGUUAGGUUAUUUGCACUGUACUCAAGAGGCAGCAGUUGCCCAGAGAACCUGCCGUGCAACACUUCUCAUUGAGCUGCAUUGGGAAGUCUGUGAUUGGACAGCCACAGAAAGUAUAGGCGGGGUUAGAAGGGGAGGGCUUGCAAAGGCUACAAACAUGAAAUCUAUGGCUUUUGAAAGCAGUUUUUAGAUAUAACUCCAAUGAAAAAAUGCUAAAUUAAAGGCAUGCGUGUUUUUAUUCGAGGUAUAUCUACUAAAAAAACAGUAGUUUUAAUUUUUUUAUUUUAUUUUAUUGGGGCAGUAGAGUCCACGUAGAGCCCUUGAAGCCCAUGAGCCCAUGAUUUUGAACAUGCCAGAUGCUUUCUUUAGAUAACACAACUGGGAUUACUAUUAUUUUGCAUCUUCAGUGAGGACAAGUGAUUCAGAGAUAAGAAGUGAAGUGUUGGUAGUUGCCCUUUAACACCAUUGUUUGGUAUUUUACAUUCAGCAUGGUGUGUUUUUUUUUUUUAUGCAGGAAUCCUUGAAACAGAUAUAACCUUUCUCCUGAUCUUCACCCUGAUCCUGCUCGUAUCGACUUAUUUUGGAUGUGAGUAUCCACCACAUUUGCAAUUAUUGUUGAGUGUUAAGUGUGCCUUACCCUCUCUGUCUGGGUUCCCUAAACCGUGGAAUUUGCCUUAAGAGUUUGCUAACUGUUAUUACUGGGAACGUCUUGUAGGUCUGUCAGAUUUGGGAAAUAUUGAAUCCCCACUGAUUGGACUGUGACAUUCUGAAAUUUUGGUUAAUGAACUUUCAACUUAACUGAGCAACUUCACAGGUACCAGCAUAGGCUGCAAGGUUUAGUGGUUUCCUGGAAUUGAACUCCAUUUGACUUCAGUUGAGAGACCACAUAAUAUGGUAAUAGUGUUUUAUAUGGCUAUUACUCAAACUAGGGACUGAGUGAAAUAAUUGAGGGAUUGAGUAAAAUAAUUUCUCCAGAGCAAAUAUAGAUUAUCAGAUGCCUUUUGAGCCAAUUGCCGAUAAUAGGUGUCGAUAUUCUGUAAAUUUUAAGUUUUGACAAAGCAACACAAUUUCUAUACAAAUCUGGCAUUGACUGAACAUGCUGCCAGCAACCACACUCCUAUUACUCUCAGGCAGCUAGUACAUGCUGGAAUCAUUGAGAUUGUACAGUGCUCUUACUGAUAGGAGUGUGAUUGAUGACAGCAGUCACACUCCUAUCACUCUGUCAGCCAGCCCAGAACAUUACAAUAGAUUAUUCACCUUCCUGACGUCAGCUGAGCUCCUCAUUCAGGAACUCACUGGGAGGGAUGACGUGGGGUCGCGACGUGGAACCUCAUUGGUUGGUGGUUGGAGUUUCUGGAUGCGGAAGACAGCGUGCAGUGACUGGGAGAAGUUAGUGAUUUAUUGGUGAUAUUGGUAAAUUACAGUACCAAUACCGAUUAUCAGAAAUGUGCCGAAUAUUGACUCUAAAAAUAAUUGGAACCGAUAAUUGGUCUAUCCCUACUCUGCGCCUAAUUUAUUGGAUUUGGGUAUACAGUGUACAGAACAGUGAAUAUUAAUGUACAAGUGCAUUCUACAUGGUGUGUGGGUUACAGCCUGUGUAUUCUGUAUGCUACAUUGGUUACAGCCUGUGUAUUCUGUUUGUUACAGCCUGUGUAUUCUGUAUGUAGUGUGGGUUACAGCCUGUGUAUUCUGUAUGCUGUGUGGGUUACAGCCUGUGUAUUCUGUUUGUUACAGCCUGUGUAUUCUGUAUGCUACAUGGGUUACAGCCUGUGUAUUCUGUUUGUUACAGCCUGUGUAUUCUGUAUGCUGUUUGGGUUACAGCCUGUGUAUUCUGUUUGUUACAGCCUGUGUAUUCUGUAUGCUGUUUGGGUUACAGCCUGUGUAUUCUGUUUGUUACAGCCUGUGUAUUCUAUAUGCUGUGUGGGUUACAGCCUGUGUAUUCUGUUUGUUACAGCCUGUGUAUUCUGUAUGCUGUGUGGGUUACAACCUGUGUAUUCUGUUUGUUUACAGCCUGUGUAUUCUAUAUGCUGUGUGGGUUACAGCCUGUGUAUUCUGUUUGUUACAGCCUGUGUAUUCUGUAUGCUGUUUGGGUUACAGCCUGUGUAUUCUGUAUGCUGUGUGGGUUACAGCCUGUGUAUUCUGUUUGUUACAGCCUGUGUAUUCUAUAUGCUGUGUGGGUUACAGCCUGUGUAUUCUGUUUGUUACAGCAGCAUGUGUAUUCUGUAUGCUGUGUGGGUUACAGCCUGUGUAUUCUGUUUGUUACAGCCUGUGUAUUCUGUAUGCUGUGUGGGUUACAGCCUGUGUAUUCUGUUUGUUACAGCCUGUGUAUUCUGUAUGCUACAUGGGUUACAGCCUGUGUAUUCUGUUUGUUACAGCCUGUGUAUUCUGUAUUCUGUUUGGGUUACAGCCUGUGUAUUCUGUUUGUUACAGCCUGUGUAUUCUGUUUGUUUACAGCCUGUGUAUUCUAUAUGCUGUGUGGGUUACAGCCUGUGUAUUCUGUUUGUUACAGCAUGUGUAUUCUGUAUGCUGUGUGGGUUACAGCCUGUGUAUUCCGUUUGUUACAGCCUGUGUAUUCUGUAUGCUACAUGGGUUACAGCCUGUGUAUUCUGUUUGUUACAGCCUGUGUAUUCUGUAUGCUGUUUGGGUUACAGCCUGUGUAUUCUGUUUGUUACAGCCUGUGUAUGCUGUUUGGGUUACAGCCUGUGUAUUCUGUUUGUUUACAGCCUGUGUAUUCUAUAUGCUGUGUGGGUUACAGCCUGUGUAUUCUGUUUGUUACAGCCUGUGUAUUCUGUAUGCUACAUGGGUUACAGCCUGUGUAUUCUGUUUGUUACAGCCUGUGUAUUCUUUAUUCUUACAUGGGUUAAAGUCCAUGUAUUCUGUUCCCUUUUAUCUCUCCAGAUAUAUUAAGGGGACGGCAGCUUCUUCACACCACGUAUAAAAUGUUCAUGGCUGCAGCCGCAGUGGAGGGUGAGUGUCACAGUACUCUAUGAGCUCCAUAAUAUUGUUAUAAGCACUAUGGGAGAUAUUUGUCAUAGUGUGAUGGAGAGUGAUUUAUUAUUAUCAUAUUUAUUAGUGAUGUAAAAAGUGACGGUUUUCAUCUCGUAGUAUAUUCUGUAAGAUUUCACAGAGAUGUAAACUUCAGAAGACUGCUAGAUCUAUAGUGGCAGAAAUAUUCCACCACUUUUCUGUUGGAAAUAUUGAUAACUCUGUUGCGUUGGUGAAGAAAUGGUGCAGAUUUAAAAAUAACGAUUAGGGCGCAAAAAUAGAGCAACUGAAGAAAAAAUUGACAGAAUUUCAGAAAUUGCGGCAAAAUAUCACCGCAAUUUUAUUUGCAAAAAUUUUAAGGAAAAGUGUCAGUGACACUGUGAUAAAUCUCCCAUCGUAUUCUGCAGCGACAUACAAUAAUCAGACACAGCAGAAUACAUGCCUGUGUCUGGGUGAUGCCGUCGUACAGAGGACAUACUGGCUCACCCUGUUUUAGCUCUCAUUUUCCAGUCUUGUAUGAGCUCCAUCUGUUCUCGCUGUCGCCCUCUAUUGUUCAUGAUCUCUUCCAGCACGUAACAGCCUCUGAUAUUUCCAGUUCUCAGCUUGCUGUUUUUCUGCCUAUACUGGGGGCAAUAUGCACAGGAUGGAGUGGGCAACCCCAGCAUCAAGGUACUAGGUCAGUAUGCAAAAUGUUAUUGUGUAUAUACAGAAUACAACACUGACUGUGUUCAAUGGUUUGUUAUGACUUACUGUUUGCCCUGUGCUUUGUAGUGUCCCAGUCUAACUGUGUGAUCAGUGGUUUGCAGUUUCCGACUGUGUACUCAGUACUGUGUAGUUUUUGAGUGUGGUGUUUGUGUAAUUAGAGCACUUUGAUGCCUGACUGUGUACUCAGCACUGUGUAAUGUCUGACUCAGCACUGUGUGAUUUCUGACCGUGUACUCAGCACUGUGUGAUGUGUGACUGUGUACUCAGCACUGUGUGAUGCCUGACUGUUUACUCAGCACUGUGUAAUUUCUGACCUUGUACUCAGCACUGUGUGAUGUCUGACCGUUUACUCAGCGCUGUGUGAUGCCUGAUUGUGUACUCAGCACUGUGUGAUGUCUGACCGUUUACUCAGCGCUGUGUGAUGCCUGACUGUGUACUCAGCACUGUGUGAUGUCUGACCAUUUACUCAGCGCUGUGUGAUGUCUGACCGUGUACUCAGCACUGUGUGAUGCCUGACUGUGUACUCAGCACUGUCUGAUGUCUGACUGUGUACUCCGCACUGUGUGAUGUCUGACCGUUUCCUCAGAACUGUGUGAUUUCUGACCAUGUCCUCAGCACUGUGUGAUGUCUGACCAUAUACUUAGCACUGUGUGAUGAUUGACCGUAUACUCAGCACUGUGUGAUGUCUGACCGUGCACUCAUUGCUGUGUGACCGUGUACUCAGCGCUGUGUGAUGUCUGACUGAGUACUUAGUGCUGUGUGAUAUCUGAUUGUGUACUCAUUGCUGUGUAAUGUCUGACUGUGCUCUUAGCACUGUGUGAUGUCUGACCGUGUACUCAGCGCUGUGUGAUGUCUGACCGUGUGCUCAGCACUGUGUGAUGUCUGACCUUGUACUCAGCGCUGUGUGAUGUCUGACGGAGUACUCGGCACUGUGUGAUGUCUGACCCUGUACUCAUUGCUGUGUGAUGUCUGACUGUGUACUCAGCACUGUGUAAUGCCUGAGCAUGUAUUCAGCGCUGUGCAAUGUCUGACUGAGUACUCAGCGCUGUGUGAUGUCUGACCGUGUUCUUAUUGCUAUGCAGUAUCUUCCAAUGUUCUCAGCACUUUUCUCUCUUGCAGCUAAACUCCUGUUCUCUGCCAGUUUCCUGAUCUUUCUGCUGAUGUUGAUCCUGUUGGGAAAAGGGUUUACGGUUACCAGGUAAAACAGGGACACUAAUCUAAAACCAUGCUAAAUUAUGGCAAAACGUGCCACACAUCAUCAUUCUAUCUACACUGCAUGCACUCUGUCAACACAGGUUACGCUGUGCUGCUCCGACAAAUGCCCUAUCCCGGGAGCAGAUACUGGACAAAUACAGGCCAAGAGAAGUCACAUCAUCAUACUACUACUCAACCCAAAAUAAAACAGCAGGACAGGCUCUGGGGCUAUCCCACUCUAUACUGCACUGUGUAACGUUGGGUUGCCAGAGGCACCCUGUCUUCCUGGACACAUACCACCUAAAGGGCAGCACCUGAAAAGUGCAAUUAGUCAUUAAUCAACAAGGGAUCCUGUUCAGAUUAAUUCAACAAUCGACAGGGCAGGAUAACAUGGUGAAUCUGGCAACCCUAGUUUGGAGGCAUUAAAGGACAACUAUAGGCACCCAGACCACUUCAGCUUAAUGAAGUGGUCUGGGUGCCAGGUCCAGCUAGGUUUACCCCUUUUUUCUAUAAACAUAGCAGUUUCAGAGAAACUGCUAUGUUUAUAAAUGGGUUAAUCCAGCCUCUAGUGACUGUCUCAUUGACAGCCGCUAGAGGCGCUUCCGCGUUUCUCACUGUGAUUUUCACAGUGAGAAGGCGCCAGCGUCCAUAGAAAAGCAUUGAAAAUGGACUGGCUGAAUGCGAGCGCGGCUCCUGCCGCGCAUGUGCAUUCAGCCGAUGACGUCACUGUGGAGGAGGAGAGUCCCCCGCCCGGUGCUGGAGAAAGAGGUAAGUUUAACCACUUCCUCCCCCUAGAGACCGGCGGGAGGGGGACCCUGAGGGUGGGGGCACCCUCAGGGCACUGUAGUGCCAGGAAAACGAGUAUGUCUUCCUGGCACUAUAGUGGUCCUUUAACAGGGCUGGCUAUUUGUGUACAGUGGCAUGAGAUCAGUGAUGUAACUGAUCAAUUCCAAAUAUCAGCAUGCAAUCAGUAAUGUAACUAAUCAAUUCCCAAUAUCAGCAUGCAACCCGUAAUGUAACCGAUCAAUUCCCAAUAUCAGCAUGCAAUCAGUAAUGUAACUGAUCAAUUCCCAAUAUCAGCAUGCAAUCAGUAGUGUAACUGAUCAAAUUCCAAUAUCAGUAUGCAAUCCAUAAUGUAACUGAUCAAUUACCAAUAUCCGCGUGCAAUACGUAAUGUAACUGAUCAAUUACCAAUAUGUAAUGUAACUGAUCAAUUACCAAUAUCAGAAUGCAAUCCGUUAUGUAACUGAUCAGUUACCAAUACGUAGUGUAACUGAUCAGUUACCCAUAUCCGCGUGCAAUACAUAAUGUAACUGAUCAAUUACCAAUAUCCGCGUGCAAUACGUAAUGUAACUGAUCAAUUACCAAUACGUAAUGUAACUGAUCAAUUACCAAUAUCAGCAUGCAAUCCGUAAUGUAACUAGGUAAAGCACAAUAGUGACAUGAGAACAGGAAUUAUCUGCUUUAAUGCCGAUAGUCCCAGGAGAUCAGAAAUGUAACCGCUUUUUUUGCUGCUAAUGACAUGAUAUCCCUAUUACGUAUACAAUUAGGAUCUUGGAAUUAGAAGUUACACUGCAUCUAUAUGAACGCAUGUAGUGACCUCUAAUGGAGAGUAUGUGUAACUACACCAUGUAUUGAUCUUUGCAAGGAUAUAAACGUAUCUUUGUCCUUAAGCUGAUAUUGCUAAAUUGGUUUGCUAAGAGCAAGAAUGUUAACUUUAUCGCAAUGCAUGCAUCCACUUCAAUCAAUGCCUAUGUGUUGUUAUUACUCUUGUCAGAACUACCAGGUACAUAUCACCUAUACAUGCUGAUGGAUAGGACAUGUAAAGUGUUUAAUUUUAGUAUGCAGCAUUCAUGUUCUGCAGGAAUGGAUAUAAAUCCAUUAAAUAAAAAUGACUCUCAAAGUAAUUGCUUUGAUUUGUUCAUUGAAUUCCCCUCUAGUGGUUUAUGAAUGCUACACAGAAAUUAUAGAGUGCAGCUAGUUUGACAACCCCCAGAAAGCAGACUAGACUUUCAUUCAGCAAGAUUGCAUGAUGAACUAUUUUUAGAGUGUUUAACUCUGCAUUAGGCCUGGCCCAAGAGCUUUCUCAUAUUUGGACUGAUGAGUUCUUGGUUGACCAUUAUUGAAGAGCUGUCAAGGGUCUGGUUUAAUGUGACCUGUCCAGUGGGCACACUGAGUGGGCCUGGCCAUCUUUACUAUACUGCCUGCUGCUCUGUAUGGGGAGUUUUUAUCAAAGUGCCACCGGCACAUUUAUGUUUCAUUUUUAGACCAAUUUGUGACAAAACAUGCCUGAUUUCUUUUUUGAUCUAUGACUUUUUUGUGCCAUAGCCAUAAUUCUUUUUAAUAUAUGACAUUUUUUGGUGAUGCAACAAAUGUAUUCAUUUUUCCCAACAGGAAAGUGGCCGAUUUUUCCAGUCACUGUUAGUUUAGCAGUCUUCUUCCAAUUUGUAUGAAAACGCUCAGAAUUUACCAUAAAGAAAACCAUCACUUUUUAGAUCUCUAAUAAAUACGAUCAAAAUUAAGACAGACUUUAAGCUUCAUUUUUCAGAACACUUUGAUAAAUAUUCUCAUAUCACUUUAACUGCAUGAAGUUACCCAUCAGCCACACUAGUCACGUGACAGCGUCACAGUAUAUAAAUAGAGAUUUUUAAUUUCUUUGUACUGAAUCAAUAUCUCUUUUUACAGGGGUCGCAUUAGUCACCUGGGAUCCAUUAAGCUGUCAGUGUAUAUGACGUUGUACACGGUAACACACACCGUGCUGUUUAUAAAUGAGGCACAGGUGAGAAACAGUCUAGUCACAUGUGACAUGCUACCUGAAUGUUGAAACGUGUCCCAUCCAUGUGUGUGCUCCAACCAGCUCAACUACACGUUUCUCUCCCUCCCUUUACAGUUCUUUGACCCAGCUCAGGUUCUGUACACCUACGAAUCACCGGCAGGUUACGGGAACAUCGCCUUGCAGUUCUUGGCAUAUAUCUGGUUUUGUUAUGCCGUGUUAGUGACGCUAAAACACUUUCCCGAGAAGCAGGCAUUCUAUGUGCCAUUUUUUGCUGCUUAUACACUCUGGUGAGUAUAAGAGGGCAGCAGAUUAGUGAAGAGAGGGAGAGCUGUAACAAGGGCUUAUGAAGUAGUUAAACGACCAUAGUUUCUAUUUAUUAAGCUGCAUCUAUUAGUUGUUUAACCCCUUAAGGACACAUGACAUGUGUGACAUGUCAUGAUUCCCUUUUAUUCCAGAAGUUUGGUCCUUAAGGGGUUAAUCAGGUGUCGUUCUGGUCUGGUAGAGGUAGUCUGUGCUGCUGCUGAAAGUCUUGAUUUUGGCUAAGAUUUUGUAUGUGCAGGUUCUUUGCAGUUCCAGUUAUGGCGCUGAUAGCUAAUUUUGGAAUUCCUAAAUGGGCCCGUGAGAAGAUUGUGAAUGGGAUCCAACUUGGAAUUCACCUCUACGCACAUAUUGUCUUCCUGGUGAGUAUGAGCCACGUGCUAAAAAAGAGAAAUAGUCCAGUUUCUUUUAAUCGAAAAAUUAUUAGAGUACAUUGAUAUUUUUUUCCCCCCUGGAAUCAAUGUUUCUUAAGUUUUAAAUUGAACAUUCCAACACAUUUUCUUGCCUUUUUACCAUACUAUAACCUCACUUGUAGUGAAACCACAAGAAUUUAAAGCAAUGCCAUUUCUGUUAAAGACGCAAACUGACAUCUUUUUCCAAAUUCACAGUUUUUGCGUAAAUGUUAUACUAUGAGCUCUGCUUGAUUAAAAUGAGCUAUGCAAGCACCAUAGUGGUUAUCAUUACAGGUGGGUCUUGAGACCCCCAGGGUAAGUAGUCAAACUAUUUGCUAAUUAUUUGACAACUACCCGGGCACUAGCUGCUCACGAUCACUUCAUUCUUUGAGAGCUGAAACCUCCUUAUUUGAGCUUCCUAAACCUCUGAUUGCUCUCAGCCAAUGAGCUAAGCCCUGCACCACUAGGCUUUACUCAGAGUUGCCAGCGGACCCCAGGUAAGUUGUCAAACUGUUAGCAAACGGUUUAUAUACUUUCUUUGGAGGUGUUCUGUGCAAACCAUGGCACUCCUGGCACCAUAACCACUACAAUGUGCUGUAGUAGUUAUGGUACUUAUGCUGAUCAACCACAAGAUUAAAACCACUUUUAGGUGAAGUGAAUAACAUUGAUUAUAUCGUUACAACGGCACCUGUCAAGGGGUGGGAUAUAGUAGGCAGCGAGUGAACUGUCAAUUCUUGAAUAUAAUGUGUUGGAAGCAGAAAAAAUGGACAAGGCAACAAUUCUGAGUGUUGCAAGGAAGUACAACCGGUGAACAUGCGUCUGGGUUAUGAGUCCGAUCACACUGAAGAGCUACUAUAGCUCCAAUAGCUGAAAUACAUAAUUCUGGCCAUGAUAGAAAGGUGUCAGAACACACAGUGCAGACGUCUUGUGGAGUUCAUGCCUUAACACAUCAGAGCUGCUUUGGCAGCAUGAGGGGGAUUUACACAAUAUUAGGCAGGUGGCUUUAAUGUUAUGGCUGGUUAGUGUAAUGUCUUCUUUUAAACUCUAGCACUUUAACAAUAUCAAUAAGCUUUAACUGUUGUGAGGUUGAGAGCAAAUAAAAUCCUAGCUUACGGUGUUGAAUAACUUUAGCUUAUCACUGCUUCGAGCAGACAGUGCACCUCGGAAAAAGAAUGGGUUAAAAAGUCUUCUUUUACCUAGAAUAUUGCUGCAAAGUCAGCUCUAAGCCUUGACGUGCGAAUAGAAUACAUUAUGUCUAACAACAUCUGCUGUCAGCUGGCAAAUGACCCUGGCUUCGUGCUCAUCGUCUGAUCACUCACUUCUCCAGUUACAGUCUGUUUGGACGAUAUUACAGAGGUGAUUAUAGCUUAAACAGAUACCGUCAUAAAAUGCCUGCAUUCUUUUAUCUAACUUCAAGCACAAAGUAAAUUGUGUGAAGAUUGCUUUUGGAUCAAUAUAGAAAAUUGUAUGUUAUUAAAUUUCGUAUUUGCAGAUUGUUACUGGUUAGAUCUCUUUAUCUUUUUCAGCUAGUAAAGGAAAAUAGGCUUUCCAGCUGUAUUUGGCUGUAAUGCCAGUUGACAAAGCAUCUUUGAGGAGGCGCAAAACGCGUCUUCUACUCAGUGCAGGGACUGCGUUUAAAUGAGUGUGCGUUUGUGUGUGUGUAUAUAUAUAUAUGUGUGUGUGUAUAUAUAGAUAUUUAUUUAUGUAUGUCCUCACUCAUUUUGGUAGGAAUACGCCAUGUAACAUAACUUUUAAUAAACUCUCACAACAACGAUAACCUUCUUAUUGAUUAAUUUUUGAGUAUGGUGCAUUUGCAUGGUUUGGGAUGUAAUGCUUGCAACACUAGAAAGUGACAGUCUACGUAUUAUUAAUCUGGAGCACAAACCAAGAACGUUAUGGUGGGGAAAAAGGUGAUGGCUUUGCCCACAGAAAACUCAAAUUUGCAGUGAUGUUACUACUGCAUGGGAUUCUGGGUGUUCAUAUGCAAAUUAGUUCAACAAAGAAUCACCUUUUUGCCUCAUUAUACCAUUUUAAACCUGCAUUCCGUUUGCUGUAUACAACUGCUUUGAAACACAACUCUGCAAGUAACGUCAAGCCUCACUAGCAAGCCAGUAACCAACCUAAUGCUGAUGAGUUGCAUGAGUGGUUAACUGGCUUUGCAUCUCUCCUGAGUUGUGUUUCAAAGAUGUUGUAUACAGCAAAGACAACACCUAAGUAAUCCAUGUUUAAAAUGGAAUAAUGAGGCCAGAAGGUGAUUCUUUGUUGAACUAAUUUGCAUAUGCCCACCCAGAAUCCCUUGCAGUAGUAAUAUCACUUCAGAUUUGAGAUUUUGGUGGGAAAAACAAGUCUUAUGGCUUGACUGCUGUGCAGAUCUGAAUUUAACAAUGUAUUGAUUAUCCACUAGUAUUAUUUCUGUAGACACAGAUAAUAGUAUAUAGUCCCCUAUUUAUUCACUGAAUUCUGUAAAAAAAAAAAAAAAGCUGUACACAAAUUUCGUAACGAAAUAUCCCCAAAACAAUAUUUUCAAAUCUAUUCCCAACCUCAGGUGAUCACAAGACCUUCUGCAGCCAAUAAGAAUUUUCCAUACCACGUGCGCACCUCUCAGAUUGGGAUCAUGGAGCAGAGCACAGAAAAGUUUCCCCACCACGUCUAUGGAAACGUCACCUUUAUCAGUGAUUCUGUCCCCAAUGUCACUGAGCUGUUCUCUAUCCCGAACUGCAAUGGUACUACAGGAGUGGUGAGAGACUUUUUUUUUUUUUUAGUGUUUUCUGUUAAAAUCAAAUACAAGAUUUUAGACACAGAUCAUAAAGCAUUAACCGAGUUUUCAAAAGAAACAUUGUUUUUUCUUGCAUAGAGAGAAAAGCAAUAACCACUCUGCAAAUUAUUGAACUUGGCUGUUGACUUAUCGUGUUCUGUGCCGCCUUGUUUCUAAUGUAUCAGUAACUAUCAGUGAGAGUUAGAAAAUUGUGAUGAAAUUGCAACAUGACGUACAUUAUUAACAUUGAUACAUUAUUGCGUUUGAUCCUUUUUAAGUGUCCCGGCAAAUCUACAUGUAAGAGGAUGAGAAAGGAACUUACUUGUGAUCUCUUUCUCCAAUAAAUCUGUCCGGCAGUCUAGAAAUCUGAGCAUAUACAGAUAUGAUUUGUUAACUAUAGUGGGCAGCUGCUGCUACUGCGGUGUUGUCGCUAAUGCGGCCUCUCUCUUAAACCAGGAGCGUGCCUAGGGAGACAGAGUAACUCUUUCUCCACAGACCCUCUCUCUGCAUAUUACUAAAGGGAAAUAGCUUUAUUUAAGGAAAUAAUACCAUCUCAGAGGUUCUAGAGACAUUGCCAAAAAUACAUGUUUCAGCAUUAUGUGUCAGCUAUUUGUUAUAUAUGUAUGUAUUUGCCAUAUGUUAUUGCUCACGUACCUUUUUUCUCACUCACCUCUGUAGGUAAAUAAACCAUCACAAUAUCCUGUGACCCUCGGGCAGCACUAUUCCCAGCUGACCUCUGACCCUCAUCAGGUAGUCACUCCGCCACCACUGAAUGGUGCCCCUGGAAGUCAGAAGAUACCAGUUGGGGAGACACAACUUGGGAGUCUUCAGCAGCUCCAUGCCCCUCAAAUCCAUAAUCAGAAUGGCUUCCCUGAAUACUUCAGCAUCCGCUCUGCAGGUCCCCAGCCCAUGUAGAAACCUGUGUCCCCUCCACACUGCAGUACUUUUUGAGCCAAUACGGACCCUUUGGAUUCACAUAUGAGUUUAUGUUUCGAAGCAGAACUCAUCUGGAUGUAUGUGUGUAAAGGACAGAACUGAGUGGAGAGACAAGUGUAUCAUGUUUCAUUUUCAUGUGUUUAUAUGUAUGUAUGUGUGUACAUAACAUACAAACUCUAUAAUUAUUCCUUUUAGUACAUGUGUCUUUCCCUACCACUUAUAUCAUCUCUAACCUAAUUCUAUUCCCAUUCUGAAUAAUUAUUGUUUUGUUUGUUUGUUUAUAUUUUGUCUUAUUAUAUGCUGUGUCCAUUCUGCAUUCUAUACUCCCAUCUCUUAUUAUUUCUGCUGCUUGUAGCUUCCUUCUUUCUAAUAAUUUUUCUUUGCCCAAUUACUCUGUGUCUUGUAGUUUCCUGUUCUUCAUGUGUCUGUUGCCUGUAGUUUUCUGCUUUCUCUGCUAUCUGUAAAUAUCCCCGCCUCUAAAUAUUUCUGCUAUCUGUAAAUACCUGCCUCUAAUCACUCUUGCUAUCUGUAAAUAUCUACCUGUAAUAAUUCCUUCUGUCUAUAAAUACCCGCCUCUAACCACUCCUGCUAUCUGUAAAUAUCUACCUGUAAUCAUUCCUUAUGUCUAUAAAUACCCGCCUCUAAUCAUUCCUGCUAUCUGUAAAUACAUGCCUCUAAUCAUUCCUUCGGUCUAUAAAUACCUGCCUCUAAUCAUUCCUGCUAUCUAUAAAUAACCGCCUCUAAUUAUUCCUGCUAUCUGUAAAUACCCACCUCUAAUCAUUCUUGCUAUCUAUAAAUACCCGCCUCUAAUCAUUCCUGCUAUCUGUAAAUACCCACCUCUAAUCAUUCUUGCUAUCUGUAAAUAUCUACCUCUAAUCAUUCCUGCUAUGUAUAAAUACCCGCCUCUAAUCAUUCCUGCUAUCUAUAAAUACCCGCCUCUAAUAUUCCUGCUAUCUGUAAAUACCCUCCUCUAAUCAUUCCUGCUAUCUGUAAAUAACCGCCUCUAAUCAUUCCUGCUAUCUAUAAAUACCCGCCUCUAAUAUUCCUGCUAUCUGUAAAUACCCUCCUCUAAUCAUUCCUGCUAUCUGUAAAUACCCGCCUUUAAUCAUUCCUGCUAUCUAUAAAUACCUGCUUGUAAUCAAUCCUGCUAUCUGUAAAUAUCUACCUCUAAUCAUUCCUUAUGUCUAUAAAUACCCGCCUCUAAUCAUUCCUGCUAUCUAUAAAUACCCGCCUCUAAUAUUCCUGCUAUCUGUAAAUACCCGCCUCUAAUCAUUCCUGCUAUCUAUAAAUACCCGCCUCUAAUCAUUCCUGCUGCCGGUAGAUUUUCAGUCUGUGAUAAUUCAUACUAUUUUUAGAUUCCUUCCUCCAAUCAUUCCUGCUGUCUUUAGAUUCCAUGUCCAUUCAUUCAUGCUGUUUGAAGAUUCCUGCCUCCCUUCAUUUCUGCUGUCUGUAGUUUCCAGUCUGUAAUCAUUCCUGCUAUCUUUAGAUUCCUGCCUCCAACCAUUCCAACCGUCUAUAGAUUCCUUCCUCCAAUCUUUCCUGCUGUCUGUAGAUUUCUGCCUCCAAUCAUUCCUGCUGUCUGUAGAUUUCUGCCUCCAAUCAUUUCUGCUGUCUGUAGAUUUCUGCCUCCAAUCAUUCCUGCUGUCCGUAGAUUCCUUCCUCUAAUCAUUCCUGCUGUCUGUAGAUUCCUUCCUCUAAUCAUUCCUGCUGUCUGUAGAUUCCUAAUCCUAUUUGUUCUUAUUGCCUUGCAGAUUCUUGCCACUAAACCUUCCUUCCCAUUGUAGAUUUCUUCCUCUAAUUGUUUUUGCUGUCUACAGAUUUUACAUCUUGGUUUUAGUUUUUUUUUUUAAUUAUCCCAACUACCCCCUAUUUCCUUAUAGUUUGUAGUUAUGGUGUUUGUAGUUAUGGUGUGUAACUUUUCUGCUGCCUGUAUUUUGUCUUCAAUCUGCAAGUAGCAUCCUUUAUCUCUGCUUGUAUUUUCUUUUUUAAACAUCAUUCGUUCAGUGCCUCUUGUGAUUAAUUCUGCCUAAAGCUUUCUAUUUCGCUCUGCCCUUGCUACCUGUAGCUGAUCGUUCUGUCUUCUUAUCUAUACCGCCGCCUGUAGCUUCCUGUCUCUCUCUGCUCUUGCUGCCUGUAGCUUCCUGUCUCUCUGCUUUUGCUGCCUGUAGCUUCCUGUCUCUCUCUGCUCUUGCUGCCUGUAGCUUCCUGUCUCUCUGCUCUUGCUACCUGUAGCUUCAUGUCUCUCUGCUCUUGCUACCUGUAGCUUCCUGUCUCUCUGUUCUUGCUACCUGUAGCUUCCUGUCUCUCUGCUCUUGCUACCUGUAGCUUCCUGUCUCUCUGUUCUUGCUACCUGUAGCUUCCUGUCUCGCUCUGUUGUUGCUACCUGUAGCUUCCUGUCUCUCUCUGUUCUUGCUACCUGUAGCUUCCUGUCUCUCUCUGCUCUUGUUGCCUGUAGCUUCCUGUCUCUCUCUGCUCUUGCUGCCUGUAGCUUCCUUUCUCUCUGUUCUUGAUACCUGUAACUUCCUGUCUUUUUGCUCUUGCUGCCUGUAGCUUCCUUUCUCUCUGUUCUUGCUACCUGUAGCUUCCUGUCUCUCUGCUCUUGAUACCUGUAGCUUCCUGUCUCUCUGUUCUUGCUGCCUGUAGCUUCCUUUCUCUCUGUUCUUGCUGCCUGUAGCUUCCUUUCUCUCUGUUCUUGCUGCCUGUAGCUUCCUGUCUCUCUGCUCUUGCUGCCUGUAGCUUCCUGUCUCUCUGCUCUUGCUACCUGUAGCUUCCUGUCUCUCUGCUCUUGCUACCCGUAGCUUCCUGUCUCUUUGGUCUUGCUACCUGUAGCUUCCUGUCUCUCUGUUCUUGCUACCUGUAGCUUCCUGUCUCUCUGCUCUUGCUGCAUGUAGCUUCCUUUCUCUCUCUCUGCUCUUGCUGCCUGUAGCUUCCUGUCUCUCUCUGCUCUUGCUGCCUGUACCUUCCUGUCUCUCUCUGCUCUUGUUGCCUGUAGCUUCCUGUCUCUCUCUGCUCUUGCUGCCUGUACCUUCCUGUCUCUCUGCUCUUGCUACCUGUAGCUUCCUGUCUCUUUGUUCUUGCUACCUGUAGCUUCCUGUCUCUCUGUUCUUGCUACCUGUAGCUUCCUGUCUCUCUGCUCUUGCUGCAUGUAGCUUCCUUUCUCUCUCUCUGCUCUUGCUGCCUGUAGCUUCCUGUCUCUCUCUGCUCUUGCUGCCUGUAGCUUCCCGUCUCUCUCUGCUCUUGCUGCCUGUAGCUUCCUGUCUCUCUCUGCUCUUGCUGCCUGUACCUUCCUGUCUCUCUCUGCUCUUGCUACCUGUAGCUUCCUGUCUCUCUGCUCUUGCUGCCUGUAGCUUCCUGUCUCUCUGCUCUUGCUACCUGUAGCUUCCUGUCUCUCUGCUCUUGUUACCUGUAGCUUCCUGUCUCUUUGUUCUUGCUACCUGUAGCUUCCUGUCUCUCUGUUCUUGCUACCUAUAGCUUCCUGUCUCUCUCUGCUCUUAAUACCUGUAGCUUCCUGCCUCUCUGUUCUUGCUACCUGUAGCUUCCUGUCUCUCUCUGCUCUUGCUGCCUGUACCUUCCUGUUUCUCUCUGCUCUUGCUGCCUGUACCUUCCUGUCUCUCUCUGCUCUUGCUGCCUGUAACUUCCUGUCUCUCUGCUCUUGUUGCCUGUAACUUCCUGUCUCGCUCUGUUUUUGCUCCCUGUAGCUUCAUGUUUCUCUCUGUUCUCGUGGCCUUGUCCUUCCUCUAUUUCUCUGUAGGUUUCACUCUCCCUUUCUCUGUUCUUGUUGCCUGUAACAUCCUGUCUCUCACUGCAUUUGUGGCCCGGGAACUUCCCGUCUAUCUAUUAUUGAUGCCUGUAGUUUCCUGUCUCUCUGUUCUUAAUGCUUGUAGCUUCCUGUCUCUUCUUGUUCCCUGUCCCUCUCUGUCUUUCUUUUUCAUUUCUCCUAAAUAUCCUCCUUUCAAAUUAAUGUUUUGUCCAUCACAGUGUCUAAUUUUCAGCAUUUGUGUCUCUGCAUCCCACUACCUGUUAUUAUAGUACGGUAAAACUGUUACUGUAUGUUUGGCUGUUCUUUUAAACAUUACAAGGUGCACAAGUUUUAGAGGGUAUCUGUGUGUCUGAUUGUGCUUUGCUGUUUCUUGGAGGUAUGUCUAAAAAUGUGAUCAUCAUAAAUGGAUAAUUAACAGUAUAAAGAGCACACGGCUGGCAUUGCCUUAGGAGAAUAUAAAUACCACCUUAGAUAAUCAUCUUUAGCAUGUUUUGUAAUCAUUUUUGCCAUAUGUUAUCUCUGAUAGAGUUGUGCUUAUUUUUAUAGUGAAGACCGUGUCCCCAGAUACCGCUUAACCUGCAUCCUUACUCCUAUUUUUUCCUUGCGACGUUACAGAUGGUGACUAAUAGUAGGACCUACCCUCUGUAUAUACAGGAUGCGGUAUAUUCUGCUUUUAAAAUGCUUGGACUUUGAACAUAAAGUGGCAUGCUAGGCUCCUGAUUGGGGGCAAAACGUGAUCGUACGUUGGUCACUCCACAACAUUAACAAAAACAGUCGCUGCUACUAACCCUUCCUGCGCUGUUGAGACUUUCCAUCCAUUUCUUGCUGCUGAAUGAAAUUACUCUUCCUGUUACUUUAUAGCGUUCGCCCAUACUUUGUUACUGCGACUUUAAUGCCGCUGCAUACUGUCCGCAGCAAGACGACGUUAACUGACUUCCAUAAUAAAUAUCAUUUUUUUAUGCAAUGUGUGUGUUUUUAUGGGAAAAAUGGUCAAUGAUGUCAUGGAUACACUAUCCAACUUACAGAACUCGAGUCAGACAGCAAGAGUCUAGGAUAGAACGUAC